AUGGUGAAAACCAAGCAGACGGCGCGCCGCAGUACUGGCGGCAAGGCGCCUCGGAAACAGCUCGCGUCGAAGGCGGCGAGAGUAUCCGUUGAAGAGCUGAACGCUCGUGAGAGAAUAAUCUGGCUAUUGUCGCAAAGAACGGACGUAAUGAAAGUGUCGAAGAAUGAAGAAGCUUCGCCUCGUUUUCCGUACCAUGUAUGGGUUGGAACGAGGCUGACAAGGUAUGACUUGGAUUUGACCGAAAUGCUCCGCCUUUUCGGUCGACAUGUUCUCGUCCACAUAAGUGCGCGAGGAAAGCACGGGGUCUCGGUAGAUGAGUUUUCCCGAGUCGGGUUGACUGAAUCGAUUGACGCUGAGCGUGCUUAUGAUCACGUGGAGGAUGAAACUUGGAAUAUUGAGUCCAUCUGCUAUGAUAAACUCGCAAAUAAGUACGUCGCCAUCGACGUACGCGACAAGUCGAAGCACGCCAUCCUGCUUUAUACCCUACAAGUCUGCGGCGGAAACAACUUCGACUCCCACACUAGAAAGUUCUUCGCAUUAUUCUUCAUGCGAGACUUCCUGUAA